AUGGAUGUGUCAAGAACUGGUGGAAAUACAAUUGAACUCCAGGAGGUGGUUUUCAGUAUUCCGAAACACCCAGGAGGUAGUUUGGGUGCUCCACAACACCUGCAUCGAAGCUGCCGACAGUGUCAUAGGAAGAUUAAUUGGGGCUUUAACUCAGCCAAAUCGCAUCACAACGCCGUGGCAAACAAGGAUUACGACAAAUGUGGUGUUCUUAACUUUCCCUGUUCUCAUUACGGACGGAGCUCCCCGCGCGGGAGCCCACAAUGGAACGUUCUCCCGGAAAAAAAAAGUUUACAUGUGUCCUGCCAUUUAAAAGCCCUCCAGCGCGCGCGCAUUUACCUCUGCUCGCUCCUAUCGCCGUGGUACUGCUGCUUUAUUUUAACACGCAGGGCUUAA